CAGCAACCAUGGAUAUCCGAUUGCUGCACCCGUCAGACAUACCGCAUGUUCAACAUGCAAACAUUACCAAUCUGCCAGAAAACUACUUCAUGAAAUAUUACCUCUACCAUGCCCUCUCCUGGCCGCAGCUCUCCUUCGUCGCAGUCGAUGUCUCGCGACCUAAGAAGACGCCCUACGACUACCCCCGAAUCGUAGGCUAUGUCCUCGCGAAAAUGGAAGAGGAUCCGCCGGAUGGAGUGCAGCAUGGGCAUAUCACGAGUCUGAGUGUGAUGAGGACGCAUAGACGGUUGGGCAUUGCGGAGAAGUUAAUGAGACAAUCACAACGAGCAAUGGUCGAAACCUUCGGCGCACAAUAUGUCUCCCUCCACGUCCGCGUCUCCAACAACGCUGCUCUACGCCUUUACCGCGACACCCUAGGCUUCAAAAACGAGAAGGUGGAGGCGAAGUACUAUGCAGAUGGCGAGGAUGCAUAUAGCAUGAAGCUGGAUCUGGGGUUUGUGAGAGAGCAGGUGAUGGAUGAGUUGGAUGAUGGGGAGGUAGAUGAGGGAGAGCCUGUUGGAGAAUUGGGGAAGCUGGAGGAGAGAGAGGGGGAGAAGAAGGUGGUGGCCAAAGAGGGGAAGAAGAGGAAGGUUAGAGUGGGACGGGGGCUGGGAGUGGGCGAUUUAGUGGAGAAGAAUGAGAGUCAGAAGACGUAGUGGAGGGCCGAAAUUUAUUUGAUGAAUGCAUGCAAGGAGUUCAAAAAGACUUGGUGGCAUUAUAUAGACUUGUGUAGGGAAUAAAAGUCAUCGGUCUGACGGAGCCCCGCGACUUCAAUGCCUGGGAGGUUCAGGUACAUGUUACCAAUUGAAGAGCAUAGAUUCCGAUCAUUCUGCUUGUCUUUGCUGGUUUCCCCCGAAUGUUCCACGCAGAGGUGGAACAAUGAUGCUCUUUCCUUAUCUUGCAAAUCGAUUCGUCCAAAAGUUGGAUCCGCC